GCAUAUGUAGUAAACAGGAAACACGUGAAAUGAAUGACAAAAACGUUUCCGGGUGGUAGCUCGAUGACUUAGAUGCUCAGUAUAACUGUUGCACAUCUCAUUACCGACUAGCAUAUAUAACCUCGGCUGUCACUGGGCGUGUAUUAUUGCGCGAUACAAACUUGUGGGUUGAUCGAUCUCUGCUGUAGGUCUUCAUACAUUGGAGAUGCAAGACAACCAACGGACAACUAACAAUUCCAAAAAAAUGAAUGCUGGCCAAUUACAGACGAGUUUCACAGAUGAGGUAAUUGAGAAGGUACUCCUUGAACCAUAUGAUUACAUCUGCCAGAUUCCAGGCAAGAAGAUCAGGACCAAGCUGGCUGCUGCCCUCAACUACUGGCUGAAGAUCCCAGAAGACAAGCUUCUGCAGAUUGGAGAAGUCAUACAGAUGCUGCACAAUGCCAGUCUACUAAUAGACGAUAUUGAAGAUAAUUCCAAGUUGAGGAGAGGAAUACCAGUGGCUCACAGUAUAUACGGAAUACCACAGACAAUCAACACAGCCAACUAUGUGUACUUCCUAGCGCUGUCCAAACUCCACAGUCUCGGACAUCCAGAGGUCAAUACAGUAUUUACAGAACAGCUGCUGGAGCUUCAUCGUGGGCAGGGGAUGGACAUCUACUGGAGAGACACAGUGCUUUGUCCAACAGAGGAGGAUUACAAGACCAUGGUUAUACGCAAGACCGGUGGAUUGUUUGGUCUAGCAGUUCGACUUAUGCAACUAUUUAGUGACAACAAAAGUGACUUUAAACCUUUGUUAGAUGUGCUAGGAUUAUACUUCCAGAUCCGAGACGACUACGCCAACUUAUCUUCUAAAGAGUAUGAAGCCAACAAGAGCUACUGUGAAGACCUGACAGAGGGCAAGUUCUCCUUCCCUCUCAUCCAUGCCAUCAGGUCCAGCCCGGACAACAACCAGAUCAUCAACAUUUUACGACAAAGAACAACAGACAAUGACUUGAAGAAGUACUGUGUGGACUACAUGAUGAAGAUCGGGUCCUUCGACUACACUAAACAGACGCUGGUCAGCCUGGAGCAGAGAGCCCUGGAACUGAUUGAGGAACAUGGUGGAAACCCUACACUGUCAAGUCUAGUGGGAGAGCUGAAGAAAGUAUACACCGAGGAGUCAUAGUACACGAUAGAGACUCACUGAAACCUCAUCUCUGAUGCAGGCCGAGCGGAAGGCCAAGUCUGUGAUGGAUGACAUCGUGUGCUCAAGUUGUGGCAAAUGGGAUGAUGUAAUGAUGAUUGCAAGUGCUGACAGGGUGAAAGUGAACAAAUGGAUGUCACCUAUUGGUGACUGCCGUUCAUCUGCAGUUUGUGGCAGUGUCUUUGUUGUUUGUGUACAGGCUUGACUCUCAAGCCUCACCAAAGGGGUCCAAACUAUGUGUGACAAUAAAAACCACUAACGAAUGUGUCCGACAGUGUGAACUAAUCUCAACAAUAUGAACUAGUUGGAAGCCCUAUUUUUGUCUUAGGUCACUGUCAUUGCAUAAAAAUACCAACUCAAAAAGUAUUCACAGAAGGGAAAUAACACUGGCGUCCAUCUUCAAGUUAGGUUCUUAAAUGCAAAGUAGCUCAUAGAGGUUAUAGCAUUUCCCUGGCUUUGCUCUCUGUGAUGAGGUUGGUCAUUUCAUCAUUAGAUUACUAAAUUGUAGGGUCAUUUUAUCACUCUACAGGGGUCACUGAUUAGGAAUACACAUCUCUCUUAAUGGUAUACAUGUAUUUUAUUCAGCUGGAAGUCGAAUCAUAAGUCCUGGUUUGUGUUGUAGUUGUGAAUGCAAGACUAAAUGUAUCAUUGUGGCCGCGAUAGAUGCUGGUCGUGAGAUGUGAUUGUUCGAUGUUCCAGGAGUGGUUCAGCCAAAUACUCAAUGCAUUGUUUUCUGUUAUGCAGUUUUACCAUCGACUUUGCCUUCUUUUUGUCCAUUUUUCCUUUGAAGCAGAGCAUUUCUGUGCAUUGAUUAAAGUCUCAUGUGGA